GGUGAAGGACUUCCGUUGCCAGAGUGACAGAAGGACGCCAGCGAAGUGGACAGGCUCUGAUCCAGCUUAGCAAACUAAUCGCCGACUAUACACGCCAAAGGUUUUGUCUCGAAUAAACUAAGUUUGGCAGAAAAUGGAGGUGACCAUGGACCCGUUGUUUCUUGCAUGGAGCUAUUUUAGGAGACGAAAAUUCCAGAAAUGUUCAGACAUCUGCACAAAGGUUCUUGGAGACAGUCCUUAUGACCAGGAGUCUGAUUCGCCUCUACUUAUCUCGGAGGCGGCGUGGAGCCUAAAGACACGGGCUCUGACUGAGAUGGUGUACAUAGAUGAAGUGGAGGUCGAUCACGAGGGCAUUGCAGAGAUGAUGCUGGAUGAAAGUUCCAUUGCUCAAGUUGCUAGGCCAGGAACAUCUCUGAGGCUGCCGGGGACUAGCCAAGGCGGAGGCCCUAGCCCAGCUGUCAGGCCCAUGACCCAGUCUGGGCGCCCCAUCACUGGCUUUGUGAGGCCCAGUACACAGUCAGGACGGCCAGGCACCAUGGAACAGGCCAUCAAGACCCCGCGGACCGCCCACACAGCGCGGCCAGUCACUAGUUCCUCUGGGAGAUUUGUUAGACUUGGAACGGCGUCCAUGCUGACCAAUCUGGAUGGGCCGUUUAUAAACCUGUCUAGACUCAACCUUACUAAAUAUGCUCAAAAGCCCAGUAUGUCUAAGACCCUGUUUGACUACAUCUUCCAUCAUGAGAAUGAUGUCAAAAAUGCCCUGGAUUUUGCUGCCCUUGCCACAGAGCAUGCCCAGUUUAAGGACUGGUGGUGGAAGGUCCAGCUUGGUAAAUGCUAUUACAGACUGGGUUUACACCGUGAAGCUGAGAAACAGUUCCGAUCCGCCCUCAAUCACCAGGAGAUGGUUGACACAUACCUAUACUUAGCUAAGGUGUAUCAGCGCCUAGACCAGCCCAUAACAGCCCUAAACCUCUUUAAACAAGGUCUGGACCACUUCCCAGGGGAGGCGACUCUGCUGACAGGAAUUGCACGCAUUCAUGAAGAGAUGAACAACAUCGUGUCUGCCACAGAGUACUAUAAAGAUGUCCUAAAACAGGACAACACACAUGUGGAAGCCAUUGCCUGCAUCGGCAGCAAUCACUUCUACACAGACCAGUCUGAGAUCGCCUUGCGCUUUUACAGACGGCUGUUGCAGAUGGGUGUGUACAACUGCCAGCUGUAUAACAACCUGGGUCUCUGUUGUUUCUAUGCGCAACAGUAUGACAUGACAUUGUCGUCUUUUGAACGAGCCCUUGCACUAGUGUCCAACGAUGAGGAGCAAUCUGACGUCUGGUACAACCUGGGACAUGUGGCAGUGGGAAUAGGCGAUUUGACACUAGCGUACCAGUGUUUCAAGCUAGCGUUAGCUUUCAACAAUGACCACGCCGAGGCCUACAACAACCUGGCGGUGCUAGAGCUGCGGAAAGGCCGCGUUGAGCAGUCCAAAGCCUUCCUGCAAACGGCCGCAUCACUGGCACCACACAUGUACGAGCCACACUUCAACUUAGCCACUUUAGCGGAAAAGAUGGGCGAUCUGCAGAGCAGCUACGCAGCGGCACUGAAAGCCGAAGACGCCUUCCCCGAACACGUGGACACCCAGCAGAUCCUCAAGAUCCUCAGGCAGCAUUUUGCUGAAUUGUGAAUGUAUUACGGGUUUUCUGUUAUUGGAACUAUGUUAUAUAUUAUAUUAUAUAAUGUGAAUGUAUUAUGGGUUAUCUGUUAUUGGAACUAUGUUAUAUAUUAUUUUAUUUAUUAUAUUUAGUUAUAUGGCCGUGUUUAUCUUUUUGUCUGGAAUCAAUAGUCAAUUUCAAUACACAUAUUACAAGCAAAUCUGUCAUAGCAUCAAUACAUUUAUACAUCAGUCGGGAAAUAAAUGCAUUUUGUCUCAUUUUGACCAUUUCACAAUAUUUUGCUGUAAAUGCAAAGUAAAGUUUGAGGUGUCUUAAACUUCUUUAAAAAUUCACACCCUCUAAAUGCAUUGUAUUGUUCUAGGCUCGCUGACAUAAGGUUGAUCAGGUGUCAGUAUUACUAAUUAAAAAAAUGUAAAUUAAUGUUUCAAAAUAAUGCCCUGACAAUUAUAUACCAGUGGUUGAUGCUGAGAAUGUCUGACUCUAAACAGGGCUAUAUUGGUGAAAUCCACUUUUGAUAAUAAUACAUUAAAGAGGUUAGGGUAGGUAUGUGCGAUCUCAAUGAAUAGGAAUUGUGUCAAAUCAUGCGUAACAUCGGUAAAUAAAUAUUUGUGGUCAAUAAAAAUGACUAUGGUAAACAUA